ACCAAAAAUAAACCGAUUUCCCGAGAGAUCCGUGGAGAGUCCAUCUGUGUGGACGCGAUCCUCAGUAAGAAUUUGUGGGUCGUACGGAUCGGUGCGUCGGUUCUUUGUGCGGAUCGAAUCGGUUCGGGGCAAAUAUACAGCAUGGAAUGUAAAUUGGAAAACUAAAAAAGUUUCCCUCAGUGCGAAUCAGAACGCGAUCUGCAAUCGCCAGCCGAGCGGUAAAUUAGCCCAGGGAAGGAGACCAGAGGAGGGUGGCCAUGUCGGGUAGGCGGGCCCAAUCUCUGCCGGCGCACAUGAUGGAGCCAGCGAAGCCGGAACGCGGACGCUGUGUGGCUGCCAUCUGCUUCUCGUGGAAGGUGCUCACCUGCAUUGUGUCCCAUGUGCUGCUCGUGGCCCUCGUCGUUUCCUAUUGCGUGGGCGGUGCCUACCUCUUCCAGCACCUCGAACGACCCCACGAACUGGAGGUCAAGCGAGACAUACAGAAUCUUCGCUUUAAUCUCACGGAGAAUAUCUGGCUUCUGUCAGACGAUGCAGUUGUCCUGCGGGAAAGCGACUGGAUGGCCAAUGUCAGCAAGCAUCUGGCCAACUUUGAAAAGCAGAUCCUUACGGCCAUCAAGGCAGACGGUUGGGAUGGCGACGAGGAUCUGCGGAAAUCCCAGUGGACCUUUGCUGGAUCCUUGUUCUACUCCAUCAUAGUGAUAACUACCAUAGGCUAUGGCCACAUAUCGCCGCGCACGGAUUGGGGCAAGGUGACAACGAUUUUCUACGCCAUCGUGGGCAUUCCGCUGAUGCUCAUCUGCCUGUCCAACAUUGGAGAUGUCAUGGCCACAUCAUUCCGGUUUUUAUACUGGAGAAUUUGCUGCUAUGUGUGCACCCGCACGGCCAAACGUCCGAGGAAUGCCCGCUCCCGGCAGAGAUCCAUGCGCUCCCAACGCCACACUCGUUCCCAACCGCCACCCUCGUUCCGGCGGUCCAUGAAGAUGACCCAAAGAUCGGGAAAUGACUCAGGUCUAGGUCCCUCCAUGGGUCAUGCCUACUCCGAUCCGGAACUGCGCACCAUGGGCAGAGGUUAUGACGACCGGGAGUUCGGGCAUCGCAGCAGCGGAGGUGGACGCAGUCGCCGCCAGCAGCAGCAGCAUUCGCACCACGAUCCUCGCCAGCGGCACACCAUAUACGGGGAUGAGUACGAAACCCAGACCCUGAAUCGGUCCAAUCGCUACAGCAGCCGGCAGAGGCAGCGGGAUCGGAUGAGGGACAGGCACACGGUGGAGAGGGAGCGCUAUUCCCGGUCCCACUUGGACGCUGGUUCAAUUGAGGACUUCAGCGACAUGCCACUUCCCGCCAAAAGAGCCGCCAGUGUGCGUUCGGUUCGGUCGCCGCACAAUCAGGAAUCCUCGAAAGCUUCCAGGGAACUGCAUCGCCUUCACUCGGCUCCUGGGAGAAGCAGGGCCAAGUCCGUGGAUCCGAGGCACGUUUCAUCGCACUACGAAGAUGUGGAUGAGGAUGUGGUGAGGAAAACGCCCAUUAUACCAAAUAGAUACGCUCUGGAUGAAUUCGGUGGCGGUGGCAAUAGAAGACAGCCGGCGCCAAGGAGCCAGUCCAUGCCGAGAUCUGCUCACCAGAGGCAGCGCCAGAGGGAUCGGGAACGAGAGCGAUCUCCGCAACCACCACCUCAGAGUUCCCAUCGCCAGAAUAAUAAUGGCAGAAGAGCUGGAAGCCUGGGCAGGCAAUCCUCUCGAUAUGGCAACCAUCUCGAACUGCCCGACUACGAUGCUCCACCGCCAGGAAGGGAUCAUCGCCGGGAUAGGCGCGGCCACUCCCAAGGACGCUACGAGGACUAUGUGGAGGAGAGCUUCGAUGAGGGAUCUCUUUAUGAAGACAACAACUACGAGGAUUAUCCAACGGAACGGCGUCACUCCAGGAGUCGGGAGCCCAGGAGGAAUCGGCGCAGGGAACGAGCCGAACGUUUGCCUCCAUCCCCGAGAAUCAUGUCGCCCAUGGGUUUUCCAGUGCAGCGGCAAAUCCGUCGACGUCCCAGCUACGAUUAUGAUGACGAUGACUCCAUGUGCGGGGAUGAGUACGGCGACUAUGGUGAUCUGCUGCCCAAAGAUCGCCCCGUGCCCAUUUGGCUGUGCGUCUUUUUGGUGGUUAGCUAUAUCCUCGGCGGAGCUGCUCUGUUUGCCUACUGGGAGAACUGGUCUUUCCUGGAUUCCGCUUACUUUUGCUUUAUCACGCUGACCACGAUUGGAUUUGGUGACUUUGUCCCCGCCAAAGGAGUCAAGGAUGAAUCGGAGCAGUCCAUUGCCUAUUGCUCGCUAUAUCUGCUCUUCGGCAUUGCCUUACUGGCCAUGAGUUUUAACCUUGUGCAGGAGGAGUUUAUUGCCAACGUUAAGGAGGUUGCCCGUCGACUGGGUAUUCUCAAAGAUGAUGACGACGAGCAGGACGAAGAUUAAUAGAUAGUUAGGGUAUUGACAGAUAUAAAACUCUUUUGUUCUUUACAUUUUGAGAAGGAUAAUUUAAAGAAAACUUAUCACUAUGAAAAUUAAUAAACUUAGGGUUACGGUUAUUUAACUUAAUUACAAGUUUUAAAAACGAAACUUCAACGAAUCUGAAUUCUCCAAAGUAAAAUAAUGGUCACAUCGUAUUGAAUUAAAGUGAUUGAUUUAGAUGCUCGGUUGUUUCUUUCAUUACAUGUAGUCGCAAAAAAUAUUUUUGAAAUCUUAAAAUUUUUAUAUCGCACUCAAAGUGAGUCCUCAACCUUGAACCUGCACUCGAACUGAAGCCUCAAGGUUUCGUUAACUUUACAUAGCAUACUAAGUUUAUUUAAUAAUAAAUGUACGAAAUUCAAAAGAUUGAUAUACAGAUUAAAAAGAAUAUCCAGAA